AUGGUCAAUGAAAAUGCCGCCCAAGCACUUACCAUCAGAUUAUUGGAUGGGCCUCUUUUAGAACUUUCAAACCUCAAAUCUCAAUCCCCUCCUUUCCUUGCCAUUGCAACCAUGUCUCUCUCUUCCUCUAGAUCAUUCCAAUGGCUUCCUGUUUAUAGCAUCAUCACCUUCAUGCUGCUAUUUCUUCCACAAUCAAACUCAGUUUCCUUCAACUUCUCUAGCUUCCAGCCCAACACACAAGGAAAGGCUAGCAAAGAGUCUGAUGUCUAUAGCUUUGGGGUUGUUGCUCUUGAACUAGCAUGUGGGAGAAGGCCGGUCGAGCUGAGGGCCGAGCCGGCUAAGGUGAGGCUAGUGGAGUGGGUGUGGGAUCUGUAUGGGAGGGGACAACUCCUUUCAGCAGCCGACAACAGGUUAAUUGAGAAGUUUGAGGAGCGUCAGAUAGAGUGCUUAAUGGUGGUUGGGUUAUGGUGUUGCCAUCCUGAUCACAAUCACAGACCAUCGAUGAAACAAGUGAUUAAUGUUCUUAAUUUUGAAGCCCCAUUGCCAAGCCUUCCAUCAAAACUGCCCGUGCCUAUGUUUUUUGCACCCCCGAUGCAUAUGUGUAGGUUUUCUUACACAUCAUCCGGCGGUCUGACGGACUCAGGGAGGCAUCGGAGCCAAUGUUCGUGUAGUAGUUGCAGCACGCAAAUGUCUGUGGGCUCUUCUAAAGCUCUUCUACAGUUGCCUGAAGUUCAUGUGUAG